ACAAUUAAAACAAACAAAUCAAAUGUCUAAAACCCUUCUCUCUCGCAUCAAACCCCUCACCACUCCUCCUCUAUCUCACUCUCCCAUCACUCCCAAACUCAAAAAACAAGUAAACGACACCGUACACCUCCUCAAAACCAAUCCGAACUGGCCCAACCUCCUCGACGACGACGACGACCAACAACUCCUCCUCCACAUCUCCCCUCUCCUUUUCGAUCGAAUCCACGACGACGUCGAAACAGGGGUCAAGCUCUUCGAUUGGCUAUCGAAUCGGAGAAAAGACGAGCUCUUUUCAAACGGGCACGCUUGCUCCUCGUUCCUAAAGCUCUUAGCGAGACACAGAGUCUUCGACGAGAUCGAAGAUGUAUUGGGUAAUCUCAACGUCAAGGUUACUCACGAAGCGUUGAGCUACGUUCUUUACGCUUACGCUGAAUCAGGGCGUUUGGAGAGAGCUUUGGAGGUUUACGAGUACGUGAUUGAAUCGUAUGAUUAUGUGCCUGAUGUCAUCGCUUGCAACUCUCUGUUGAGUUUGUUAGUGAAAAGGAAGAGACUUGGAGAUGCACGGAAGGUGUAUGACGAAAUGCGUGAGAGAGCUGAUAACUACAGCACUUGUAUAUUGCUUAAAGGUAUGUGUGGGGAAGGGAAAGUGGAAGAAGGUAGGAAGCUGAUUGAGGAGAGAUGGGGGAAAGGUUGCGUUCCGAACAUUGUGUUUUACAAUACGAUCAUCGGUGGGUACUGCAAGAGGGGUGAGGUUGAGAAGGCGAGUUUGGUUUUCAAGGAGUUGAAGUCCAAGGGGUUUAUGCCGACGUUGGAGACUUUUGGGGCGAUGAUUAAUGGGUUCUGCAAGAAAGGGGAUUUCGCGGCGAGUGAUGGGCUUUUGAAGGAAGUGAGAGAAAGGGGUUUAGUGGUUAGUGUUUGGUUCUUGAAUAGUAUUAUGGAUGCUAAGUAUAUGCAUGGUUCCAAGGUUGAAGUAAGUGAGAGUAUGAGAUGGAUAGUGGCUAACGGUUGCAGGCCUGAUAUAGCAACGUAUAAUAUUUUGAUCAAUCGUUUAUGUAAAGAAGGUAGGAUGGAAGAUGCUGUUGGGGUUUUGGAUGAAGCAGCGAAGAAAGGGUUGGUUCUGAACAAUAGAACAUAUGGCCCUCUUAUACAAGGUUAUUGCAAUAUCAAAGAGUAUGAAAUUGCUUCUAAGCUGCUUCUGCAGAUGGCUGAGAGAGGUUGCAGACCAGAUAUAGUUACGUAUGGGAUUCUUAUCCAUGGUCUUGUUGCUUCAGGUCAUAUGGACGAUGCGGUUAUGAUGAAAGCUAAAAUGAUAGAUAGAGGAGUUUCACCGGACGCGGCCAUCUACAAUAUGUUGAUGAGCGGAUUGUGCAAGAGAGGUGGGUUUUUGUCUGCCAAACUCCUCUUCUUGGAGAUGCUAGACCGGAAUAUUUCGCCGGAUGCUUAUGUGUAUGCUACCCUCAUAGAUGGAUUCAUCAGAAGUGGUGACUUUGAGGAGGCAAAGAAGAUUUUCUCUCUCUCAAUUGAAAAGGGUGUGAAGGUUGAUGUCGUGCACCACAAUGCUAUGAUAAAGGGGUUUUGCAGAUCAGGAAUGUUGAACGAGGCAUUGAUGUGUAUGAAGAGGAUGGCUGAAGAUCUUGUACCUGAUGAGUUCACUUAUUCCACAAUCAUCGAUGGGUAUGUAAAGCAACAGGAUAUGACUACCGCCUUGAAGAUUUUUCGAGACAUGGGUAAGACCAAGUGUAAGCCAAACGUAGUGACUUACUCAUCCCUUGUUAAUGGAUUUUGCUGCCAAGGGGAUUUCGAAAAGGCUGAAGACUUCAAAGAGAUGCAAUCUUGUGGCCUUGUGCCUAAUGUUGUUACUUACACAACACUCAUAAGAAGUUUUGCUAAAGAUGCUAGUACCCUUGGGAAAGCAGUUUACUACUGGGAGCUAAUGCUGAGAAACAAGUGUGUGCCUAAUGAAGUUACCUUCAACUGUCUACUUGAGGGAUUUGUGAAGAAAAAAUCUGGACAAGUUGUUUCUGAACCAAUGGGGUCUCUGUUUUUUGAGUUUUUCUAUAAAUUGAAAUCAGAUGAGUGGUCGGAUCAUGCUGCUGCUUACAGUUCUGUCAUAGUUUCUCUCUCUGUACAUGGAAUGGUGAAGACUGCUUGCAGGUUUCAGGAUAGGAUGGUGAAGAAAGGCUUCUCUCCUGAUCCUGUUUCAUUUGCUGCUAUAUUACAUGGUUUUUGUGUGGUUGGGAACUCGAAGCAAUGGAAGAACUUUGUCCUUUGUAAUCUGGACAAAAAGGGUUUUGAAGUGGCUGCUAGGUAUUCACUUGUUUUAGAGCGACACUUUCCUCAAGCUGUGAUCUCUGAGGCUUCAAGUUUGUUACGUUUAAUGGCUAAAAAUACAGACACAGAAAAAGAAACUGAAGAGUUAUAGAAUCUGAUUUGCAGAGCCGGUCUUGGAUGCAAUUGAUGUGCUAUUGGUUUUGUUUCUUGAGCUGUUGUUUUUGUAUUUGCAAACAUGAGGGUUUCUCAAAGUCAAUAGUACAUGAACAAAGUGUUGUUGUUACAAACGUUGUGUCAACUCAAAGAAUGAAAGGAGAAAAGAAUCUGCAUUUUACAGCUCAAAUUCACAGAAGCAGUCUGGCAAAGCAAAACCUCUACCAAUUGCAAAAUCGUUUUUAUGAACUUCCCAAAGAGCAUUCUUCAGCUCAGCGCCUUCAAGACCCUGAGAAGUGAUUUCUGCAAACGCUUUUCUGUUCAGGAACAGAGUAUUAUGCAUCUGUUUAUAUGUUCGCAUAGCUGCAACUAUCUUAUCCAUGUUUCCGAAGUAAGUCGCCACAUACGCGUCACUGUUGAUGGAGACAUAAUAAUCCAAUGCAGCUUUUGUGUUUCCAUGCAUUCUGGUGAAAUCCUCUUGGUUAAGUAAAGCAGACUUUGUGUACACGUUUGUGUAAACAGAUGUGAACCCUUCCAUCUCCAUUAGACCGUCUCCAGCUGCUAAGUAAAUGUUUGUGUUCGUUGGGAUGUUCAGUGACUGAAGCAUCAAAACCGUCUCGUUAGGAGUCAGAGGGCAUUUGCCUCGCUUCCUCCAAAUCUGAGCUAGCUCUCCUGUCCAUGGCUUCCUGUCAACACGAGCGGCUUCGAUGGCGGCGACGGAUGAACGAGAGAGGCUUGUGUAUUCGCAUUGGCUGUAGGCUACCAUGUCUGGUUCAAAUCUGAGGUGAAGCGACAAGAAAGGUUUGGGAAUAGCGUCCAAAAGCCCGGUGGCUUUCUUCUCCAAGGAGCUAGUAAGGCGUAGUGCUGAGUAACAAGCUUGACACAGAGUGGCUUUUGCAUACUGGGGAUACCUGAAAACGACAUUAGUGUAAGAAACUUGAAAAAAUGUUUAAGAGAGAAAGGCUAGUUAGAAAGUGUUACCUGUCUCUGCGUUGGCUCAUUGCUGGUGUAAAAGAGAUGUAAUGAUGUUCCAAUAACGAUGGAAGAACGCUCUCAAUGUAAUCAAAUUGACCUUUCCUUUUGCUACAAUCUACUCUGAACGGUUCUACCGAUGCAAUAUCUUUUGGUAGCUCUUUUACGACAUUGAUAAAA